GGCUCGCUCCCGCUGCGCUACGUGCGCAGGGUGAGCGCGCUCUUGCGUGGUUGCUCCGCUCACCUUGGCCUUGUCUUCGCAGCCGCUUGGCCUUUCAGUUCCUGCCAGGCCGCGGCUGGGCGGCCGGGAUGCUACCCUGCCCGCCGCGGCUCUGAAGCUACCGAAACGUCCCAGACCCCUUUCAGCUGGACGGCGCUGAGCCCCGGGCAGCCAUGUCCACGGGCUUCUCCUUCGGGACCGGCACGCUGGGCUCCACCACCGUGGCGGCCAGCGGGACCGGCACAGGCGGCGGUUUUUCCUUCGGGGCAGGAGCGACUAGCAAUCCUGUGGGGCUCAGUUUUGGAACUCUUGGAAGCUCUGCAACUCCAGCCACUACAGCUGCUGCUUCCGGUGGUUUUGGAACUGGGCUCUUUGGAUCCAAGCCUGCCACUGGGUUCACUCUAGGAGGAGCAAACACAGGAAUAGCAACAACUAUAACUACAGGAUUCACUCUGGGAGCACCAACCACUACAUCCGCAUCUACAACAGGCUUCAGUUUAGGAUUCAGUAAACCUGCAGCAUCCGCCACCCCGUUUUCUCUGCCCAUUACUUCUACCUCAGCUAGUGGUAUUACUCUUUCGUCUGCUCUGACAUCAACUCCAGCAGCCUCCACAGGAUUUACUCUAAAUAAUUUGGGUGGAACAACAGCCACAAGUUCAAGUGCAUCCACAGGCCUUUCUCUUGGGGGAGCCUUAUCCGGUUUGGGAGGUUCCCUUUUCCAGAGUACAAACACAGCAGCAUCAGGACUUGGACAGAAUGCUUUAGGCUUGACUUUGGGAACUGCAGCAGCUGCUUCAGCUACAGGCAAUGAAGGCCUUGGUGGUAUCGAUUUUAGUAGCUCAUCAGAUAAAAAGAGUGAUAAAGCAGGAACAAGACCAGAGGAUAGUAAAGCACUGAAGGAUGAAAAUCUACCUCCUGUCAUCUGCCAGGAUGUUGAAAAUCUCCAGAAAUUUGUGAAGGAACAAAAACAGGUCCAAGAAGAAAUUAGUAGAAUGUCUUCAAAAGCAAUGCUUAAAGUACAAGAAGAUAUUAAAGCCCUGAAGCAGCUUCUGUCAUUGGCUGCCAGUGGCUUACAGAGAAACACUCUCAAUAUUGACAAAUUAAAAAUAGAAACUGCUCAGGAGUUAAAGAAUGCUGAAAUAGCUUUGAGAACCCAGAAAACACCACCUGGACUCCAACAUGAAAAUACAGCUCCUGCUGACUACUUCCGAGUCUUGGUUCAGCAGUUUGAGGCACAGCUUCAGCAGUACAGACAGCAGAUCGAGGAGCUAGAAAACCACCUUGCCGCUCAAGCAAACAAUUCACACAUAACCCCUCAAGAUUUGUCAAUGGCUAUGCAGAAAAUUUAUCAAACAUUUGUAGCUUUAGCCGCGCAACUUCAGUCUAUUCAUGAAAACGUAAAGGUGCUCAAAGAACUAUACCUUGGCUAUAGGAAAAUGUUCUUGGGAGAUCCUGUAGAUGUGUUUGAAGCCAGGAGAGCAGAAGCCAAGAAGUGGCAGAAUGCACCCAGAGUCACUACUGGACCCAUGCCUUUCAGCAACAUGCCAAACGCAGCAGCCGUCGCCAUGGCUGCUACACUUACACAGCAGCAACAGCCUGCUACAGGGCCACAGCCAUCUCUGGGAGUUAGUUUUGGAACGCCAUUCGGCUCAGGUAUUGGCACUGGCUUGCAAUCAAGUGGCUUAGGUUCUUCAAACCUUGGAGGAUUUGGAACUAGCUCUGGUUUUGGAUGCAGCACCACAGGGGCCUCCACAUUUGGAUUUGGAACAACAAAUAAACCCUCAGGAAGUCUUAGUGCAGGCUUUGGCAGCUCAAGCACAUCUGGGUUUAACUUCAGCAACCCUGGCAUCACCGCAUCAGCUGGUUUGACAUUCGGGGUGUCCAAUCCUGCCUCUGCAGGCUUUGGGACAGGUGGGCAACUCCUUCAGCUGAAGAAACCUCCAGCUGGAAACAAAAGAGGAAAAAGAUAAACGUACGGGUUGAUGUAUUGAGAGAAUCCAUAGCAGCACCACUCAUCCUGAGUCUAUUUUUCUAAAACUGAUGCAAUGAUUAAACUGCAUCCCAGGAGAUUUAUAAUGCUUUGAUAUUUUCCCCUACUCUGGAAUCUGAACUUUGUUCUUGUUUGCCAUGCUAAACGUCUUUUUUCUUGUGAAUUUGAAAUCCAGUUGUGUUUUUUUCAUUAUUUGAUUCUCAGUGUAAGAAAUGUUCUGAUUACAUCGAUUGGUAGAAUCUGUUUAACCUAGUGUUACUAGCAGUGUUUUUGUUGACAGAGUUUACAUCAUGUGAAUAUAUGCACAUUUGUUUCUUAUACAGAUGGUAAGCACUCUAGGGCCUAUAUACUAGAAUCAGUUCUUUGAUAAAGGCCUUUUGAGCUACACUGCAGGGCAUCUUGUGAAUAUGUAUGUAAAUAUAUACAGAACAAUACGCACAAUUGUGUGUGCAUAUAAAAUAUAUAUUUACAAGCCUACAACUUUUGCCUCAGACUGUUCCCCUUUUCUAAGGGUAUUCCAUUUUCACCUUUUAAGCUUCAAAUCCUCAGUGCUUGUAGAAUAAUGAGCCAGAGAUACCAGGUCACUGCAGUAAUUUGUUUAAACACUUAGUGAAGUGGUCCCUGGUGUACAUACUUGGCUGACCCAACUUCAUUGCCCCAGUCUUUUCUAUUUUUGUUUCCACUCUUCAAAUGAGGAAUGCUGUAAGACUCAUCCAACAGAUUUUAACAACUUCGGUUAUCCUAUAUAUCCUCACAUUGCCUGUAUGAGAUGUUUUCUCAUAUCUGAGGUGAACCUUUAAGAGCAUAUUGAACUCCAGACUGGUGUUCUGGGGGCAAAGAGCUAUUAAGCCAAAUUGAUUCUAUGCAGGUGAAGGAUGCACUAUUACUUCAGUGGAAACUUUUCUAGCUAUUCCAAUAUAGAAUUCGUUCUUACAGGGCUAUUGAUGUGGACACCAAAUGGAGUGGCUUAUCACUCUCUUAAUGUCUUAAAUAAGCGCUUAAUUUGGAAUAGAGAAACAAUAUAUUUUAAGAAAAGAUAUUCUUUGUAGUGACUAUAAACUAUCCCCUCUUUUAACAGUGAACAGACGCUCCAGGUAAUAACACCUAGGCAUGUCAGGCUGCAUCUGUGUAAUAUUUGUCUGUAUUAGUGUAGUGAAGACGUAGAGUGGGUGAAAAAGAGCCCCUUGGAAGAGCUGCCUUAGCCGGGAUUCCAGACAGAAACCAUUAGGUGGACCUAUUUACCUUUCAAGUACAGUUUUCAGAUGGGAUGUGAACAUGGAAUUUCAUUGAAAAUAGUUUUAAUUUUUUAUAUAGAAGGUUUUGUACAUAAUGUGCAUCAAGUGAAUAUUUUCAGAAUCAUUUUCACCAAGGCACCUUUUUUUCUAAAAUAGGUAUUGCAUAUAAAUAUAUAUAUAUAUAUAUAUACAUAUAUAUUUUUAGUAUAAUGUUAGUUGGGUUUGAUUAUAAAAGUAUCAAAUCUGUUUUAUUUAUCUGCAUAUAGCAAUGAUUGGCUUUUUGGAACUGAAAUUUUUGUGCUGCGAUGCAUUGAAAUACAGAAAAUGCUUUGUUUCUGAGUGCUGAAGUUGUCCUUCUUCUGCCUACUUCUUACUGCAAUCCCCCAGAUCCAGAUUUUGGGCAAGUGUAGGAAAACAUGUGAUUUUGUGCUUUGAAUUACUGUCAGAAUAAAAUACACAAUUACGACAAACUUUUUUUUAAAGGACAUUUAUUGCAUUGUGCUACAAAAAUCUGAAUAUUUAUAUUUCUUGGGUUUUUUUCUUUAUACAUUUUGUAUUUUAACAUGUUGAGCCACUGGAAAUUUGUAACAGAUGAAUUUGUGAUAGGAGUUUAAAUGUCUUGUUAUUGUCUCCAUUGUCUUCACUUUGUCCAGAGUCUAUCAUUAUGUAAACAAUAAAAUUUAUUGUGUCAGUUA